AUGGUCGUUACAGAAGAGGAGAUUGACCAUGAUGUUAUUGAUGAUUGCAACAUCCUGAUCGAAGCUGUGGUUCAGGAAACUCUUCGCGAGAGUGCCGUACCACUCUCGAUAUCCACAGCAUCAAGCCAUUACCUUGUUCAGACUGUGGUACGGACUGAGGAUGGGCUGGUGGCAGGUGGCGAUGAGGAGGACAUAUGGGCAUACAACGACAAAGGGGAGAAGUGGGGCUAUUGCAGGUUUUGCAAGUAUGUCACUGGAGAGAAAUCUGCCUCGAACCCGAAGCUUAAAUUCGAGUUUUCCAUCAAUACCUCCAACACCACGCUCAGGAACCACUUGGAGAACGUGCACAAAGAGGAGUACCUUUGCCUUUGCACCGAGAAGGGGUGGAACAAUCUGCUUUCAAAGUCACGAGUUCAGAUGGUAGCAGCCCCGGAAGCAGCUCAUGGCACUCAAGGUGCUUUCCGUACCCCCUUUACCCAAAAGGCUUUCAUCCAGCACCUAAUCAAUUUCGUUGUUGCGGAUGACCAGGUUGGCCACUGGACACUCGACAAUGCCUCUGUGAAUGCAAAGUUCUUGGAAGAACUCCAAGUCCUUCUUGAAGUGAGGGAUAUUCCCUUCAAUGCAAAGGAUAGACACAUCAUGUGUUUCCCCCACGUUAUCAAUAUAUGUGUAACACACAUAACUGAGAGCUUUACUGAUCUAGCUCUUGCUAGUGAUGAAGCCAAAUUUGCAGCGUCCCUCCCUCCUGCGGAUCCAUGUCAACAAACCUUCGACAAGGCUUGUGCUCAGGAUCCUAUUGCACUAUGCCGUGGCACUGUUUGUGCGAUCCAUGCCUCUGGUAAACGGCGUGAACUGUUCCAGGAUAUCAUUCGCAACAGUAAUGAGAAGGAGUGGUUCAAGGCAGCCAAUGACCCCAACAAGAUCAUCAAGCUUGAGAAUCUCGAACUUCUUCGUGAUGUUUGA